AAUGAGAUAUAGUCCAGCUUCUUAACAAUAUGGAUAAGCAUAUGGAUAUUCUUAACCAUAACAAUCUGCACGACCACCCUAUGUAUUAAAAUCAUUAAUAUAUAAGCAAUCCUAUAAACCGAACGACAAUGCAUAAAGUCACACAGUUACUCAUCCACAUGUUAGAGAAAUGUAUCAUCGAGAAGCACCAAUUACAGUAGUUACUCGAGAUGAGAUUGAAAGUGUUUGGAAAGCCAAAUGCUCAUAAUUAGAAUAAGCAUUAACAGAAUGUCAAACAGAAGUGAUGAGACUAAGAGGAAUUGGUGCUACUGAAAAAAUCACUUAUGUUGAAGAUACUUUAAAGGUAUAAGAAUUCAAAUUAUUUUACCAUAGAUAAAUUAAUUGUAUCUAGAAAUUGAUAGAUUAAAUAAGUGUUUGUUGGAUAUGUCUUUAGAAUUAGAUCAAUAUAAACAUAAAUUAUAUAUGGCAACUGAUAAAUAAGCAAGAUAAUAAGCAGAAAUAGAUAUUGAUAAAAUGAGAUCAAUUAUGAUAGAGAAUGAAGCUAUGUUAAAUGCUGAAAUUGUUAGACUUAGAGAUUAAAAUGAAGAACUCUCUAAAAGAUAUCGUAUUCUAGAAUUAUCUAUGGCUGAUAGUAGACAUUAAUUGUCACUUAAGGAAUAUGAAGCUACACUCUCUUAAUUAAGAUAAGAAAUUGAUAGAGCUUAAUUCUCCAUUAACAGUUAAAGGGCAGAAACUGAAGAAUGGAAAUUAAAAUAUUAAAGACUUGAAGCAUAAUUAAGAGAUUCUGCUUAAUAUGAGGUUGAAAUUAGGAGAUUAAAAGAAAUGGUUGAUAAUCGAAAUAGAGAAAUUGAAUCACUUAAAUUAAAUUCUUAAUUUGAAAAUGAUGGUAAAUUAUAGAAUUUACAACUUGAAAUUGAGAGAUUAUAGAAUGAAUUGAGAUUAAAGAAUGAUGAAACUAAUCGUUUAAGAUCAUAAAUCUAAUAAUAAGAAUUGACUAUUAAAUAUUUAAAUAGUAAGAUUACAGAAUUAGACAAUAAAAUUUUAUAAAUGAAAUAAGAGAAUGAUUCUCUUAAAGCCAAUUAAAUGAAUUUUAAACCAUCUUUUUAAUCUAAUAAUGAAGACAAAGAAUAAAUUGAUAGACUUAGAAGUUAAAUUCAAUAAUUGAAUAUUGAAAUUGAAGAUUGGAAAUCUAAAUAUAAUGAAUUAGAUAAAAUGUAUCAAGAUUUAGAAUAUGAAUAUUAAAAUAACAAUACAAGUUAUGAAGAAGUUACAAAACUUACAAAUGAUGUUUAAAUUUGGAAAAAUAAAUUCUAAGAACUCAACAGAGAAUAUCAUCAAGUAUAAGAAGAAUUGGUUGUUACCUCUGCUGAAUUAGAUUCAUUAAAGAAGAAAUAGAACGAACUGUCCAAAUCAGGAGUUCGAUCUAGUGCAGCAUCGUAUAGGCCUGGAUAAGUAUUUAUUGUUAAUAUAUUUUUCUAUAGCAUCCUGAUGUAUUUCCAUAAGCAUAGAUUUGA